AUGGCAAUCAAAGAAGAAAUCCUAUUCACUGCAGUAAUCCAUAGUGAGAUUCCAGAGAUUAACUCCUUUGAUUCAUCUCAAGCAACUGUAAUAAUCUUUGAGGAUUUGAUGAAUGCACCUAAAAAAACACAGGAUCUUAUUACCAGAUACUUCACAUAUGGACGAUACAAGAACAUCUUAUGCAUCUAUAGAUUCUUUGCCAUUCCUAAGGCUAUUCGUGAAAAUGUGAAUUAUAUCUCCCUGCAUGGAAGUCAUAGAAGCUUUAUAGAUAUCAAGAGGAUCAUCUGCCAAUAUACAGAAGAAUAUGAGUCAUUAACUCCAGUAAUUGAUGAUCUUACUCUGCAACGUGAAUUUGUAGUGUUUGAUCUCAAAAGAUCUAAGAGUGACCCACUAUCAAUCCAGGUUAGAUGGGAUACUAGUCUCAGUUCGAUCACAGAGCAAUCUCAGUUCGAUCCUAGUUCAAUCUCAGUUCAAUCUCAGUUCAAUCCAAAUUUGAACCCAGUUCGAUCUGAGUCUGAACUCAAUUCGAUUGUAGUUCGAUUAAAGUUCAGUCCAUAUGGACAGAAGGCUGUAUCUGAAAUAAAAAAGGAUGGAUACUUGAUCGAGUUUGCUCAGGUAUUUCCAUCCCCUAAAGAAUGUAAACAUUUACUUAUACCUGGUGUCUUAGCCAAGAAUGCAGAUACCUGGAUUAAAUACGUCUUUCGGAAAGCUUAUGGACUCUCUGGUAAGAUCUUGGGAGGAGACUUUCAGGACUUCUUAGCAAAAGUACAGGGUAGGACUGCAAAGACUGAAACUCUGAAAGCUGAGAAUGAUAGUUUGACUGAACUCGAGAAUUACAAGAAUCUAUAUAAAUUAUACAAAAGUAAAUAUGAUUCAGUAUUGAAUAAUAAUGCUAAAUUACAGGCAAAUAUAAAUUAUAAGAAUGAUAACGAAUACUCUAAUCUUGGAUUAGUAACGCCAGAAAAUACGCAUCCAGUUAGUAUUGGUACAGCUGAUACUAUAAUUUCAGAUAUGGAUGAACCAUUAAAACAAUUGUUACAGUAUUCAACACCUGAACAUUUACCUGAAUCCAUAACAUCAACUUCCUACUCAACAUUAUAUCAUAAAAUUAACGACUCAGAACUUGCCCGUGCUCUAAAUUGUGAUUUAGCUUUAAAUCACCUCACAACUCUUGAUACACCGUCAAAAAUUUGGUCAAAUCUAAAUAAUCAUUGCAUUGAAAAAUUUGGCAGCUAAAAUUGCAUAAAAAAUAACGCUACCAUUUCAAAUAUAACAUGGGCCAAAACAACAUUGUCAGGUUACCGCAACUGGAACAUGAUGCGAAAUUAUUAUGAUGAUAUUGAUAAACAGAUAGUAAAAAUUAAUAACUUCUGUAAGUAAAAUUUAUCAAAUAAAAUUAUUCUUGAUUACAAAAUAAUUAUUCACAUCUAAAUUUUAUAGGUUUUGUUGAAGAUGAGGUUAAUGAUUCUCAGCCUAUAAGUGAGGAAUCAAGUA